AUGUCACAAAAUCCAGGACCAUUUCUUGUUUCAUCACAUGGUCAUCCAGGUUUUAAUCCUCGACCACAACCACCACCACCACCACCACCAUCAUCAUCCUCAUUAUCAUCAUCAUCAAAACGUAUAAGUAAUGGUCUUAUAGGUAGUUCUAGUCCAGGUACUACAUCAAUUGGACCUAAUAUGGGUCUUUCAUCAUCACCAUCACCAAUGCGAUCCACUGGUUCCAUAGGUCCAAUGAAAACUUCUGGUAUUAAUAUGGGUCCUAUGGAUAAAUCAAAUACAAUGCCUUAUUCAAAUCGUUAUAGUCGUAAAGCAUGGCCUAUGUCACGUAAUAUUCAUGAUAAAAAUAUUCGUAGUCAUGAUGAUCAUGAAACUCCAUAUAUUCGUCCAAAUAUUCCAAAUACAAUAGAUAAUAUGAAUAAUUCAUCAUUUACAAUUGAACCAUCAACAGAUGAUGAUGAAUCUGAUGAUAUAUAUUUUUCAUCACGUCAUAUAGCAGCUGCACGUUUUCAACGUAAUCAACGUUUAUUAUGUGAAAUAUUUAAUGAAAUAUGUAUACCUGAUUUACGAUCAAAUAUAAAUGUUGAUCGUAUAUUAACAUUACGUCGACAAGUUGAUGCACUUAAAAUACAUCGUGAAACAUUUGAAAAAGAUUUAAAUGAAUUAGAAGAUAAACAUAUUGAUAAAAAACGAAAAUUUUUAGAAUUAAAUGAAAAAUUUCAUAAUGAAUAUGCUGAUGCAUCAACAAUGAAUUUAAGUCGAGAAAAAAUUAAUGAAAUUUUACUUAAAUAUGAAACAAUGGAAAAAUUACAAAAAGAAAAACAAUUACUUUUACAACAACAACAGCAACAACAACAACAACAGGUCGCUGCAACACCACCACCACCACCACCACAACAACCAACUCCAACUGUUCCACCAUCAACUAUCAUUCCACCAACUAAAAUUGAACCUCCACCUACUAUUGAAAUUCCACAACAACCAAUACCACCGCCAUUACCACAACCACAACCACCACCGUCACAUCCUAUUCCAACGCAAUUACCACCACAACCUGUACCAAUUCAAUUACCACCUACACAAUCUGUUCCAACACAAUUACCACCUCAACCUAUACCAUCAAAUCAAAUACCUCCUGUACAAUCAUCACAACAUAUACCAACACCAUUACCACCAACGCAAACUGUACAAUCUCCCAUGGCACCUUCUCAACCUACACAAUCUCAUUUACAACCACCACCUAUUAUGCAACAAUUACCACCACCGCAACAAAUUCCACCUCCACAACAACAACAACAACAACCACCGCCACCUCAUCAAGGUUAUCCGAUGAUGCAUCAAGGUGGUGGUUAUCCACCAGUACCUACUUAUGGUCAUCCGCAACAAGCUCAACAAUAUCGACCACCAAUGAAUCAACGUCCAGUUCAAUAUCCACCGAAUGUUCAAUGGCAACAACAACAACAACAACCACCUCCACCACCACAACAACAACAACAAUGGCAACCUAAUGCAUAUGAUCCUCGAUAUUAUCAUCCAUAUCCUCCUAAUGUUCAAUGGCAACAACAACAACAAUGGCCACCAAAUCAACCUCCACCUCAACAACAACAAAUGGGUAUGAUGCCACCCCAACAACAACAACAACAACAAGUACCACCACCACAGACACGUCCUCCACCUCAACAACAACAACAACAACAACAACAACCACCACAGAUGUAUGUCAACGGUGUUAAUUAUGGUUAUGGUGGUGGUCCAGUUGGUUGGAAUGGUGGUCCACCACCACCUCCACAUCCAUCUCAACAAUAUGGUUAUCCACAAAAUCCACCUUAUGAUCCAUCAGGUGUACCCGGACCUCCACAACAACAAUAUUAUCCACCACCACCACAAGGUUAUGAUUAUGGUCCACCACCACCUCAACAACAACAACAGCAAGCUCCUCUUCCUCCUCCUCAACAACAACCACCACCACAAAUGAACUGA